AUGUCUGACAUUGAGCUGACACCCGAGUACGACACAACAUACAAAAAAAACCUGGAGAGCCAAAUAGCGCUCAAAAAACGGCUACUCAAGGCUGCCGAGAAGCAGCUGGAGAUGUUCAGACAGCAGAACACGAGCGACUCGUCAAAAGUGUCUCAGAUCGCGUUGACUGACACGCUAGCCAAGGUCCCGUUCCGUCCACCGCGGAACGACCUGAUCGGGCUUUCACUGGCGCAAAAUAAUCUGAGCACACAAUUGGAAGCCAUCAACAAGACGCUCGCACAAAUGGCCAGCUCCAAUAAAGAGCUUCAGAGCCGCGCAGACGACAUGGCAAACACUAAUGUCGUGUUUGAUAUUCUAAAGACUGAACUAGAGGAGCGCAUACAGCAAGAGAUGGACAAGAAACAACAGCUGUUGAGCCACACAGUUGGAGACGACAUUAAAGACGCGUAUCUACAGAAACAGGCAAAAUUGGUCGACAGAUCUACCAAACUAAUCGAGAUAUCGAAAAAACUAAUCGUGGACUAUAUCCUACGGAAAGAAUUCGAGGCACUAUUCACGGAAGAAGAGCUGGACGAGAGAAAACAAAAAUUUCUCAAACUGCUGGAAAUUCUGCUCAACAACUCCAUCACAAGCACCGGCAACUCGAAACUGCUGGAGGUGGACAAUAAAGACGACCCGCUCAUUCGAUACCUCAUUCUCAACAAUAUCAUAGUUGCCGACCCGAAGAAUCCAAACAAGAUCAAGCUCCGCGAUCUCGCCACAAACCUCUAA